UUCCAUUUGUUUUUUUCUAAGAAUUUUUUAAAAAAAAAAAAAGCAUGAGGAUCUCGGUCGUGGUUGGUGUAUCCGUGUUUCUAUGCAUAUUGAAGAGUUGUGUCUCGGAGUUUCCGAGGUUCGAACAUCGUUCGACCAAAGAAGAUGGCUCUCUUAGCUUUCUUGUUGUCGGAGAUUGGGGACGCAAGGGACAGUUCAAUCAAUCUCGUGUUGCAGAUCAGAUGGGAAGGAUGGGGCAAGAGCUCGACAUAGAUUUUGUGAUAUCGUCGGGAGAUAACUUCUAUGACAAUGGCUUAACCGGAGUCGAUGACACUAACUUCGAAGAAUCCUUCACCAACAUCUACACUCAUCCAAGCCUCCAGAAACAGUGGUAUAGUGUGUUGGGAAAUCAUGAUUAUUUGGGAGACGUUGAAGCACAGCUAAGUGACGCUCUUGUCAAGAAGGACAAGAGAUGGCUUUGUCGUAGAUCUUUCGUUUUGGUCACGACCAAAGGGUUGGUCGAUUUUUUCUUCGUGGACACAACUCCCUUUGUCAACAAGUACUACAACGACACGAAAAUGCGUAUCUUCAACUCGAAGCCAGUCUUGCCAAGAAAACAGUAUCUCGCAAACCUGUUGCAUGAUUUAGAAUUGGGUUUAAAAAGGUCACGUGCCACAUGGAAAAUCGUCGUGGGACAUCACCCGGUCCUGAGCGCCGGCGCCGAGGGUGUAACCCAGGAGCUCGUGGAUCAAGUUCUUCCCCUUCUUGAGGCGAAUAACGUGGACAUGUACGUAAAUGGUCAUGACCAUUCCCUCCAACAUAUAAUUAGCUCCAAGAACAAAAUCCAAUUUUUGACGAGCGGAGGAGGAUCAAGGGCGUGGGAGGGAGAGGUAAAGCAAUGGGAUCCGACAGAACUGAAACUAUACUAUGAUGGGCAAGGCUUCAUGUCAUUCCAAAUCACACCCUUGAACACCAAGUUCGUGUACUAUGACGUGGACGGCAAAGUUCUUCACGAAUGGACUUUGUCUAAAGAAGAAACUCUAAUCUGAUAUCUCCAAGCUUAAUAAAUCGGUUUAUUUUCAUGCAUCUUCUGUUUGUAAUGGGAUUGAUGUGUGUUCGUUUUCCAUUUGGGGUUUUGAUGUUUGUUGAAAUCAUUUCAUGUCGAAAGUCAGUAUUUGCUUUGCCCGAAAUUUGGUAAUAAUAAGAAUCAUGAAUAUGUUUAUGUUUA